AUAAGGUUUUAUAAAAGAUAAAAAAUUUAAAACUAGUUCAUUAGUCGUAAAUUUAGAAUUCUGACGUUCCCAGUGUUUUGAACCGAUAUUAAAAUUAUCUGCGGUUUCUUUUGUUUAAAACUAAACCGCAUUCCUUGACGCGAAUUCUUGUUAUUUAUUUUUUUCUUUUGUAUUUUUCUUUAAGCGGAAAUGCCAUGGCGCCAAGUUGUGGUUUCUCGGUUGCUUCCAGUUCGUGUUUCUGAUUGAAGUCGUCCUGUCGACGUAUGGAAGUUGAAUGUUAACCGUGCUAAUCCUGAGAAUAGUCAUCGGUUGUAUGUUAAUGUUCAUCGCGUUAGCUUACCACAACGAAAGUCAUGCUCAGCUAGCUGUUGACCUUCGAGACUAAGCUUUUAUUACCGUACCGGCGGAUAUUUCAGAAAAUUGGCAAAAUGGGAAUUAUUGUCUCCAGGUUCAGGAAGAAGAAGACAUCAGAAGAACUUCUAGAGGAUAUUCAGAAGAAUAUUGAAAAAUUAGAGAAUGACAGCAAAUUUAUACUAAAGAGGGAAAAGGCUAUUCUAUUUAGAUUGAUCUUUUUUUCUGUUCUAAUAUACAUAAUAGCUGCACUUCUGUUUUAUUUCUACUUUUUCCCAGCAUCUUUAUGGGAUAGAUUAUUUUAUAUGAUUCCUUUACUUAUAUUUCCAAUUAUCAUUAUAGUUGUGAGACGAUCUAUAAAAUGGCUUUAUGAUCGCGACAUGAGAAAUAGUAGUAAUAAACUAAAAGAUUUGCAAACUAAAAAAAAGGAAAUAUUAGAUGAUGUUAUGAACACUGAGACUUAUAAAAAAGCCAAGGAGAUACUAGAUAAAUAUGCGCCCGAACAACUUAGAAAAUCUCCUGCUCCGAGUCCAUUACAAUCAACUCUUACUCAGAUAAAUAGAACACCUCCAAAUAAAAAACCUGAGACAAAUGUUCAACAAUCGAACCAUCCCUCGAGCGUUUUACAACAACGCGUGGUAGCGAGUACACCUCUGAGAUCCACACCUCCAGGAUUGAAGCCAAUUCCUCCUGCAAGAAGACCAUUACCUAGGCCGUUGCUUCCUCAAGAUCGAAGUUAUUUAGACAAGAUAAUAGAAAUUAUCGUUGGCGAUGGUCCAAGCAAUAGAUAUGCCCUGAUAUGUAAAUUCUGUUCCUCCCAUAAUGGGAUGGCACUUAAAGAGGAAUUUGAAUAUUUAAGCUUCCGGUGUGCUUACUGCGGAACUCCAAAUCCAUCUUUAAAAGUUAGACCUCGAGAAGUACCUCCCAGAUUCACUCCGUUGCAACUACCUGGUCCGAUUCAACCAAGCAACGACGUUGAUGACCAAAAACAACCAAGCACUGAAGAUUCGGAUGUUAGCAGUGACAACCAAAAUAAUUUAAAGGAAGAGGAAGGAAGCGAACCAACAACCAGCUUGGAUAAAGAGAACAGUAAUGAGAAUUUUGUCAAACAAGAAGAAUAUGACAAAGAAGUACAGAACAGUGAACAGACUAAGAAGACACAAUAAGACCAUAUUAACAUAAGCAAAGUCGGCUGCCCAGUUAUUUUUAUAUUUAAUUUUAAUUAAAGGGAAACUGCUCUCCCAAAUGAAUAUUAAAUUUGCAUCUGGUAAUGAAGUGCCAAAAUUAUAAAAACCAAUUGGUCAGUUUUUGUUAAUUCGACAAAUUGUCUUUAACUGUAAAACUUGAAAACAUGUGUAAUAAAAUAAAUAUAUAUAUUUUGUGAAUGUUAAAGACAUGAACUGAACAUAAAAAUAAUUUGAAUGAUAACAUUCACAAUAUUCAUAAAAUCGAUUAAAAUCAGGCAACAAAUAUUUACAAUGUUAACAUAUAAAUCAGCAUACAUAUGUAAAUGCAUUCAUGUAUAAUUUUUUAAGUACUUAACAAUUAGGUAAUUUAAGUCCCCAAUGGAAAGGAUUACAGCUGUAAAACUGCGAUCUUAUUAUUUAUUGUAUUUAUGUCUUAAAAGCAUUUAAUUUCUAGUCUUUGAAUUUUAAUAAGCAUAUCCUAUUGACUUAUUCGCCUCUGGCUUGUUAAUUAUCACCAAAAGCUCUAAACAAAUGCUUAAAGCUUUAAUGGCAUUUUGUAUUUAUUAUCAGUUUAAUGUUAUCGUUUAUAUAAUGCAGUUUUGUUUUACCUUUUCUUGAGCGCAAAUAAUUCUAUUUAAAGUGAGAAUAUACAGAAGUGAAUUGUAUUUUUGUAAUAGAAAGAUUUUUAUGGAAUGUUGGAAUGCAAUUGAAACUAAUAUGUGUGCCUUUUAUUUAUUAAUUUUUAAUUGGGUUGUUAUUAAAAAAUCAAAUAAAUGACUAUUUAAUGUUUUAAUUACCUUGUUUGAACCAGUGAAAAUCUUAAUAAUUAAAAAGAAUCUUAAUGUAAUUCAUAUCAAUACACAAUUUCGAUUGGGGAUGUCAAUUACAAAAUGUUCACUAUUGUAACAAUCGUUUAGUCUAAAUAUUUUUUUAAUGAUAAAUAAUUAAAUUUAAUUCUGUUGUCAAAUUUUGCCCGGUUAAUACAAGGUUUUCUCAGUUGUUUCUUAUGUACUCAACACAUGUGGAGUGUUAUAUUUUCAGAUGUGAAGUUUACUUUUUAUAGAAGUAUAUUAUGAUGUUCAUUUAAUUUAUUUGUGUUUUCCACAUGCAAAAUUUAUUUAAAACAGUUUGUAUUAAGUCCUAACUUUUCUACAUGUUGGAAUUGUAGAUUAUUUAAUAUUGCUAAAGUGCUGUAGAGACAGUCUUACAUGGAACUUUUAUAAUCAAUGUAGGGCAUAAUUUACUUGCUUAAAUAAUUUACACGGAUGAUAAAUUAAUUUCCAAAACGUUCAAAUCAGUGGUGUGUGUGUAUUAACGAUGGAGCCGUACCUCGUCCGGGCAUCAAAGAGAAAUGAUUUAGAAAGUGUAGAGAAGUUUCUUGCGCAGCUGUGUGAAAAAACGAUUUCAGUUCUUGAUUUUAUAGAAGUGAUCAAGCGAAUAAAGCCUUUGCUAGAUGUAUUUGGGGUAUCUUUCAAAUCCUUAAGCUAUGAAUUAGUGCGAAGUAUUGAAGUAGUGCAAUCAAGAUACAAUGCCAACGAAUGUGAGGACUUGAAACAUUUCUGUUAUCUUGAUGUUACAUCAGAUGAUGCAAAGGUUUCUGAAGCUAUAAUGUGGAUUUACCGAUGCCUAUGUUGCCUUAGACUGACAUUCUGCUUUAUACUAAAUGCAAGAAAAAAGAGCGAUUGUGUAGUCCCUUCUGCUCGUUACGGUGAAUGCAUCGAAAGUCUGACACCUCUGCUUAGACAGGCGUAUAUGCACCAUUUUCGUAUCUACCAUUCAUGGUUUGAUCAGCAAAUAUUCAAGACACUCUCUAAACACUGUCCAUCACCGGUGAAAGUGGUACAAGCUUUGCAGUUUGG